CCUCCUUUUAUUACUCUCUCUCUCUCUCUCUCUCUCUCUCUCUCCACCUCCUCCUCCAGUCCUCGUUCUGCCAUUCGCCCAAAUCGAGUGGGGGGACAAGGAAUUAAAACCUCUCCGCCUCCGGUCCCCUCCCCCCUCCACCUCGUCGCCGGCGAUGGCCGACGGCGAGGCCGGCGCGUACCGGGAGUUCAAGGCGCUGGCGGAGGCGGCGGACCGCAAGUUCGCGCGCGCGCGGGACCUGCCGCUAUACGGCGGCGGCGACCACCACAGCCGGAAGGCCUUCAAGGCGUACACGCGCCUGUGGCGCCUGCAGCAGGAGCGCCGCCGGGAGCUCGUCGCCGGCGGGCUCCGCCGCUGGGAGAUCGGCGAGGUCGCCUCGCGGAUCGGGCAGCUCUACUACGCGCGGUACCUCCGCACGGCCGAGCCGCGGUCGCUCGUCGGGGCCUACGUCUUCUACGAGGCCAUCUACAGCCGCGGGUACUUCGGCGCCGCGGCGGGCGCGGAAGGCGGUGGCCGGCACCAGGCGCUCCUGAUCCGGUACAAGGAGCUGCGGUUCAUCGCGCGGUUCCUCGUCGUCGCCAUGCUGAUGCGGCGGGCCGAGGCGGUCGACCACCUCGCCGGGCGCCUACGCGCGUUCGUUGAGGAGUCCAAGGUGGCGUACCCUAAAACCAACUUCAAGGAGUGGAAACAAGUGCUUCAAGAGCUUGGGAGAUUCUUGAAGGCUGAUGGGGCAUACAAGGGAUCUAGAUCACUGAGAUAUGACAACUUGUUUGAUUCUUAUCCAUCAAAUCUUGCAUCUAUCGCUCGAUUCCAUUCAAAAAGAGUGUUGAAACUGAAGGAAGCUGUAUUAACAAGCUAUCGCCGAAAUGAGGUCAAGUUCACAGAACUAACUUUGGACACAUUCAGAAUGCUACAGUGUUUGGAAUGGGAACCCACUGGAUCUUAUCAGAUUGCUGCCAAAGAACUUACAGAAAAUGGCACUGUAAGUGAUCAGAGCGGGCCCUCCGGUCUCAUUGAUAUUCACCUGUCUGCAGAAAUCUCUGAUGGAGGUCUUCCUUCAAAUCCUCAAAAAGCAAUUAUAUAUCAUCCUACAGUUUCUCAUCUUUUAGCGGUUCUUGCAACAAUCUGUGAGGAGCUUUCUCAAGAUAGCAUUCUACUCAUCUAUAUAUCGGCAUCAGGAAGUGCCGAGCAGAAUAUGGCCAGCCAAAAGUAUGCCUCUAGCUCCUCAUCACAUGCAAGGGCUGCUUCUUUCCCUAUUGAUAAGCCAAAUUCACAUAUGAGUUCUGAUAAUCAUCUAUGGCUUGGUCCCCGUGGAAGUGGAGGUCCGAACAAUCUUUAUCCUGAAGAUCUGAUUCCAUUUACAAGAUAUCCCCUGUUCCUUGUAAUCGAUAGCGAAAAUAGCCAUGCAUUCAAGGCCAUACAUAAUGCAGAGAAGGGAGAACCAGCUGCAUUAUUACUUUCUCCUCGGAUAUCAUCAGCCAUGCCUGGUGUAGAAUCCACAGGUCAUGGAAGCCAGUUUACAUACUUCCUUACUGCUCCAAUGCAAGCUUUCUGCCAACUAGCUGGAAUAACUUCUGACAUAGAUACUGAUACAUAUGCUAAUGCAGAGAACAUACUGUUCUCUGCUUUCGAAGAAUAUGAAGGAAUCCUCUGUACUUCUGUUGGGUUAAAUAAUGUCUGGGGACAAAUUUUACCUGAUCCAUUUCUCAGACGACUGAUUCUCAGGUUUGGUAUUAGCCCAACAGGGCUCAGAAUAAUAUGGAAAAAGAAAGAGGGGGGAAGCCUAAUCUGCUUCAAGCUAGACUACCAGGGGCUGAGCAUCGCUCCCGGGAUUCCCAAGAGCGAGCUCAGAAGGAGGAACAAGUCACACUUAGAUACACAACGUUCAGAAAAAAGAGCUACAUACGACUCGACUGAAAUACAGCAAAAGAGUACUACUUCCGAAGCAUGGCAAAAGGUUUAUCUUCUGUCGAGCAGUGCUCUUCUAUUUCCACCCCGAGGAGCAUGAACAACAUCUACCAACAUGCUUACCUAACCUCCCAGAGUCAGUCUCUCCAACCGUGGAAGCUAUCAAAACUCCUAUCCUUCUGCUCGCAGAAAACCUUGUCGUCAGCAACCGGUUUCAUUUCCGAGAUUCCAGACACAAGAAAUGAUCAACAGCAAUGACCAUAGAUCAAGCCUUCUGUAGAUACCUCCUUGGUAAAUAUAGUUCAGCAAUUUGUUGAUUGUUUCGCAUUUAUACCGCCAAUGGAGAAUGACUCGGCAUCAACAAGCUGCUGCAGCGACUUGGUGAUUUGAGUGGUGAUACAAAAAGUUUUGCCUGCUGCUUCAUCUCCAUUGUGCGUCUGUAUAAGUUUGUUUAACUGUUCUCUGAUUCGAUUAGGCAUUUUAGGCUUGUAGGGGCUUGGCUUCAGUUUCUCUUGGGUUGUGUUAAGGAGAGGCCUUUUUUUGGGUUACUCUGGAAGGCAGAUUGUUUUGUAGGGUUAGUUAGCUCAGGAUAUUGACGGCAGUUACGAUUCCCAUCUUCUUCCAUUGCGUUUUGUUUGCCUUGUGCUCCCAACUUUUUGUAUCAGUUUCUGUUCUGCUUCAAUGUUCCAUUGCGACCUCGUUCAACCCGAA